CAGUGCGUUUACGUCAUCAACACUCGCCAAGUUCCGCAUGGAGUUCGGGUCUGCCAUUCUGAUGACUUUUUGAUACGUUUACUUUUUCGAUUAACUUUUGAAUACUCAUUAGUUGAUUACUCGACUUGUUUGGGUGGCAGUUUAAUGUUUUACCUGCCGUUUUGUCGCUAACUUGUAGCCGCUGACUGGCUAACUAACCACAAUGUGGUCGACGAAGGUCGGCUGUCCGGCGUUACCUUGGUCCAGAGUUAGCAGAGCUUUAGCCGGACAUGUUUAUUUCUCUGUCUCCUCCGCUCGUCUCGGUCCAACUUCAGCCUCCACGGAAGAGCUUCCUAUCAUCCGUGUUCCACGUUCAAUGCAGACGCACGUUGAGAACCCGAAGCAGACGCGGUCCAAGACCAAUGUGAACACCGUCAAAGCUGGUAAGCUCCUCAUUCAGGCCAAGAACGCCAGCUUGAAUCAGUCUGUUGGAUACACCCACGGCAAGUUUGAGCUACCUCCACUGUGCUCCAAAGGAUGGAAGCACAGCAAGUCUUACGGGGAUUAUUUUGCCAUAAACAACAUCAAAUCUGUUGCACCUUUUGUUUCUGGAAGCCACAAAGAGGACGCUGAAAAGCCUGCCAAGACUUUCCAUAAACUGCACAUCUCCAAGGAGUUGGUGGAGACUUUGGAGAACCUGAACAUCAUUCACCCCACCAGCGUGCAGCUGCAGACCAUCCCCAAGGUGAUGAGAGGUCACAACAUCCUGUGUGCGGCCGAGACGGGAAGUGGGAAAACGUUGACUUAUUUGCUGCCGAUUGUCCACAAGUUACAGCAUGGAGGAGAGGGAUCUUCAAAAAUCCGCGCUUUAAUUCUGGUGCCCUCCAGGGAGCUUACUGAGCAGGUGGCGGCCGUGUCCAGAAGCCUGUGCAACCCCUUGGGCUUCGUGACAAGGACUGUGGGUGGCGGGCGAGGUGUAGGGCACAUCAAGAGCGUCCUCAAGCAAAGCGUUCCGCAUAUUUUAGUGGCGACGCCGGGGGCUCUGGUCAAGGCCUUGAGGAGACGCUACCUGGACUUGAGUGAGCUGAACUUCUUGGUGGUGGAUGAAGCCGACACCAUGUUCGACCCAAGCUUUGCCGAGAUGCUGGAGGACAUUUUGCUCAGCGCCGAUAUUGCGAGACAUCUGAGGGACGUUCAAGGCCCCGCCCACAAGGCGCAGCUGCUGGUUGUGGGCGCCACCUUCCCCGGUGGGGUCGGGGACGUCCUCAGCAGGGUGACCGACCUGGGCAACAUGACGGUCAUCAAGAGCAGCAUGCUUCACUUCCUGAUGCCGCACGUGAAGCAGACUUUCAUCAAGGUGAAAAGUGUCGAUAAGAUCCUGGAGCUCAACCAUUACCUGAAACUCCUCCAGCAGGAACACGAAGGUGGCGCUGUUCUGGUGUUCUGCAACAAGUCGUCCACUGUCAACUGGCUGGGGUACUCUCUGGAGGAGAUGGGGGUGAAUCACGCCCGCCUCCAGGGGGAGAUGCCGGCCUCCUUCCGCGCGGGCAUCUUCCAUAACUUUCAGAAGGGGACCGUGGACGUUCUCCUGUGCACCGACAUCGCCUCACGAGGCCUGGACACGACUCGGGUGCGCUUGGUGGUGAAUUACGACUUCCCCGAGUCGCACACGGACUACAUCCACAGGGCCGGGCGGGUCGGGAGGGCCGGGGGGUUGGAAGGCGGAAAGGUGCUCAGCUUCGUCUCGCAUCCCUGGGAGGUGGAGCUGGUGCAGAAGAUCGAGAUGGCAGCGCGUAAGAAGACUAGUUUGCCUGGUAUGGAGUCUCAAAUACGGGAGCCAAAGCUGGAAAAUGUAGAGGUGGAACAACAAAUAUGAAAGACAAAAGCAAUAACAGCGACGUCCUGCCGCAUACUGUAGCUCAGACCUACUUCCUGUCCCUGUCUACGGCGCUAAGCUUUCUGGGUAAUGUAAUGUAUAAACAAACACUCAUGCAUUUUAGGGCUGUGAAUCUUUGGGCACCACAAGAUUUGUUUCGAUUCAUGGGGGUAACGACUCGAUUCAAAACGAUUCUCGAUUCAAAAUCAAUACUUAUAGUUAAUAACAUUGGGUGCCAGUUCUAUGUUUAACUACAUUCCUCCAUUAAAUAGAUUAACAGCUCUGAUAAAUUUCUAUAUUACUUAAAAUAAAACUUGAUUUGUUUGAUAAAAUUAUACCCAUUUACUUAAGUGACUUGACAGGACCGAUUUUGAGGGACUUUUUUUUUUUUUUUAAUCGAUUUUAGUUUUUUUUUAACCGCUUAGGAAUCGCGAUUCAUUCAGAAAAAGAUUUUUAUUGACACCCCUACUGUAUUUAUAUAUUUAUUUAAAAUUUAUUUAUCCAUCGUUCAACAAUUAAGAACAUUUUCAUUUGCAAUGCUAACCUAGCAGAGGCAGCGUUUACAUUUUGGAGGUGCUGAUGUGUGAUGUUAAUCUCUCACUGUGUUUCAUUUACCAACAAAAGUUUCCGCUAUAACUCGCUCUCAAUAGUUCACAAAUACUCCUAAAAUGUGGGGGUAAUUGUGUUGGAACUUAAAUGAAUGUUUAAGAUGGACAAACACUUUUCAAGCGUUAAACAUACAUGGAGAAUGUCUGCAGCUUGUGGGCGACAAGAGCAGAUGGCUGACAAUAAGAAAUAUCGUUGGUGGGUUUUCUUUGUAUAAUUAUAAAUAUUUAUUACUAUUAUUAGUUAUCAUGAAUUAAAAUAGUACAGUAAUUAAUAAUAUGCUCUGAGUAUGUGCUUUUACUGUCAUCUAGUGUCUACUUUUGAGUGAUGUAUGAAACAAGUAAAACAUCAAUACAGUAUUUGUUUUCCAAUUUUUUAUGAAAUUCUUUGCUUUUUGAGGUUGCAGGGAACACUUAAAACAUUGAUACCACAUUCUUAAAAUCACAAGUUGAGUCAUCGUUGUUGAAACAAUAAAAGCCUCAAAACAAAACUUUUGCCGUGACUUUCUGGAAAAAGCUGUCGCAAAUUCAGGCAUUUUAGGCCACAACAAUCGCAAAAAAAGGCUGAAAUCCUGGAGGGACCGACUCGAGCUGUGACGGAGACGGGACAGUUAGUGGGAUUGUGUAUGAAAGGUACAUGUGGCAGUUUACGCAGGAUUUCUGUGAAAGGCAUGAGUGAAUGAAAUGUGCAGUAUGUGUGUUCGCUUCCUGGACACAACUUACUUAGUACACAGUAAUGCAGUGGCGGGCCGUGCAUUUCCCACAUUGGCCUUCAGUGAUGUCUUACUUAGUCCGACUUCAAUAAAUACCUCUCAAAUUACAAUAACUUAUGUCGCCACAUGACCAAGGCUUGAAAAAUACUAUACUGAAACACACUUGCGCACUGCUGUGCAUUGAAUCACCUCAAUUUGUCACCAGUGUACAAAACGGGCUAUUUUUUGGCACAUUUAAAAAUCAAUAAACCCGCAUCGGACGUGGUACUGUCAAAACAAAAAUAAUUGUAAAAAACAUAUUUAAUGUGGAAAAAUAUAUAUGAACUCCCAAUUUGUAAUGGCUAUUUGAUGCCGUAUAAGCCAUUGGUA